UGCUUGUGCAAGUUCAGGUGUUGGAGAAACGUCACAAGAGAACAGAGAUGGCCUCUGGAAACGAAACUCAUGGAACAUCGUUUGGACCACGGCCUAGUAGAAUGGUCAACGAUCUAGUCCUUGCAAUUUUUGUCAUCGGUUUCUACGUCAUUAUUUUAGGAGUCAUCAGCUUCUUUGGCAUUGUGGCUAACGUCAUCAACCUAAUCGUUUUUAUCAGACAGGGCUUUAAAGACACCGUGAACAUCUCUUUGUUCAGCCUGGCCAUUGCCGAUAUAGGGGCACUGAUUGCGUCGUUCUGGCUGAGCAUUGGUUUUAACCCUUUCUUUGCAAAUGCGUGUCUGCCUUUUGAUCCCAAAGAUGUCCUGUAUCUCACGGCAGGGUGGCCAGGUACUUGCUUUUCACGUAUCUCUGGUUGGAUUACAGCCUCCAUAAUGCUGGAAAGAUGUCUCUGUAUUGCUGUGCCUCUGAAAGUUAAAACAAUGAUAACAGUGAAGAGAACAGUUAUCGUACUCGUUAGCAUAUACGUGGCAAUGAUAGGUGCCCUGCUGCUAGUGUUUUAUGCCCUUCGUCUGGAGCCCAGAUACUCUCCUCUAAAGAACGAGACCAAGAUAAGAAUUGUUUAUAUUACCAACGGCUUUGCCAUAGAAAGUGCUGUUUUCUUGAUUAAUGCCUUCUCUCAACUCAUUACAUUUAGCAUCGUCAUCAUUUGCUCUAUAAUCCUUGUCCAAAACCUUAUUAGUAAGUCAAAAUGGCGGAAGUCUACUUCCAGUUCUGGAGAUCAUGACUCUUUUUCAAAUAGAGACAAGAAAAUUGUGAAGUUGGUUCUAUUUAUUGCGAUCAUUUUCAUAGUAUGCCUCUCGCCAAGUGUAAUUAACUUUAUUGCACAAAGUUUAGAACCCGAAUAUACCGCAUCAGGGAAAUACGGGGACUUGUAUCUUCUGAUAUGGUCAUUUUCUGCUUCCUUAUCAACAACGAAUUCCGCAGUGAAUAUCUUUGUGUAUUACAACAUGAGUUCAAAGUACAAGCAGAUCCUGGACAAAAUGCUUCCCCGAUGCACAAAGGGCUAAUAUUAGAACACAAAGAGCUGCUACUUUUCGAAAACGUAUAUUAUUAUAAUAUACAAACCAACUGUGAGUUUUGACCAGCCUUUGAAACUGCCUAACUAAUGAUUUGAAAAUACAGUAUGAUCAAAUCCUGACAAUUUCGAAAAAAAGGAAUAAUUAUGACUUUUGUUUUUUAAGAAAAUAAAAACGAAACCUUAAAAAGAAACUAAACCAACAUUGCCCCAGACCCAAAAAUGAUAAUAGAUUCUUUACGUCCCAUUGACACUAUUGAAAUGGUUUAGGAAGCAGGCUGCUUUGACCUUGUUUGUCAAUUCUGUGGCUGACGAGAAUCACUCGUCCCUUGACUUUCGUCGUCUAAAAGCUCUGAGCUCAGAGAAUUUUUUCCGCGUCCCUCAGCCUGCAGCCCUGUCGAGAAGUUCUCUUUCCGGCAAUCCAGUUCAUUCUGGUAUGUUGACACGUCAGAUAUUUCAUAAGAAUAGUUUUAGAUAAUAAAAUAUUCUGGAAGACG